AUGUCAAGAGCCAAAAGAGUUAUGAAGGAGUUGCAGGGAAUCAAAGACGAUCCUGAGGCCAAAGUUGACCUGCAAUUAGUGAAUGAGAAUGACAUUCAUCUUUUGAAAGGAUCAUUCCUGGGACCACCAGGAACUCCGUAUGAGCAUGGAAAGUUUGUUGUGGACAUCGAGGUGCCCAUGGAGUACCCUUUCAAGCCUCCAAAAAUGAAAUUUGACACCAAAGUUUACCAUCCCAAUGUUUCUUCCGUUACGGGAGCUAUUUGUCUUGAUAUUUUGAAAAAUGCAUGGUCGCCUGUGAUAACGCUAAAGUCUGCUUUGAUUUCGCUGCAGGCGCUGUUGCAAUCUCCCGAGCCCAACGAUCCACAAGACGCAGAGGUUGCCCAGCAUUUUAUCAGAGAUCGUCAAUCUUUCAACAAUACAGCAGCACUUUGGACCAAAAUGUAUGCUCCUAUGGAUCCUGACUCCCAAUCCCAGCAAGCAGUGGAUCAGGCUUCGCUGUAUGGCAUUGACUGCGGAUUGGUGGACCAAUUCGUCUCGCAGGGAUUUACAGAAGAAAAGAUCGUGGAAGUGUUACGAAGACUAGGAAUCAAAUCCAUGAACUCAAACGACAACGAAACUGCAAACAAGAUUUUGGAGGAACUUCUGCGCUGA